UACUAAAAGCUACGCAAUCUAAAACAAACAAUAAUACCAAUACUUCUCGACCCAGUAUUGAUUCGCCAGUAAAUUCGCCAGUAAAUUCACUAAAUUCACCCAGUCAAGUUCUUCAUGAAUACUACGUUCUUCGCGUUUUUGCUGGUCGAAAUUUGUCAACAAAUUUCCAAUAUAAAGUUAUAUUGUUGAAUAAAAAUGCAACUACAACAUCACUUAUAAAACAAUCGAUACAUCGGUUUAAAUUAGAUGAUGGAAAUUUUGAUAAUUAUUAUAUUUCCAUAAAAGAAAUAAAUAAAGAUGAAAAAUGUUUACUGCCUGAUCAACGUCCGUUCGAAACUUUCUCCUCAUUAACCUCAUCUCAUUCAAUUCCAUUACCAUCUGUUCGGAGAUCUUCUAUUUCUUCAAAUCUUUCAGAUGAUGAAACAAUCAGGAAACUACAAUUACAUGAUAGUCCAAAUACUGUUUGUUUAUGCUUAAACAAAAAAACAAAAAUCGGUGAAAAGAAAUUACGUGUUCGUGUCCUUAUUUAUCCCGACGAUUUACCCGUUCGUCUUCGACCAACAAAAGUAGCAGAGACUCGUGUAUCUAUGUCUGUGCCUAAACAUCUUGCUGAAAAAGCUGCAAGAAGACGAUCGAAAGAAGAAGCAAAGCCUAAAGAAAAAUCCUUGAUCGUAGCUGCAAAUACAACCGUUAGACAGGUUAUAGAAAAGGCGUUGGACAAAAAUGGUAUCAACGAAGGCAUUGUUGAUGAUGGUGGAAUAUACGAGGAUGAAAAAUUACGAUAUCAACUUAUGAUUAUAGUCGACGGUGAAGAAAAAUUUAUUGAUCCGAAUGCUAACAUAGUUUCUGUCUAUCAAUCACCGCCGGACCUUCGUCAUUUCUCAAUGGAUUCGAUAGAUUCACAAUCAUCUUUGGCAUUAGAUUAUCGUCCUGACGAGUCUAUAUUUGUUUUAAGACUUUUAAGACAAGAAGAACGGCAGCAACGUGCAAUGCCAUCAGUUGAAGAAGUAAAACGUUAUACUCAAGAUGUUAGAAUGAUAGAAGUAACUAAUCAACAAUUAAAAGAUCAAGAGGAAGAAUUUUCGAAAAAACAACUUAUUGAACAACAACGUCAAUAUAGUCAAGCAAAACAAAAAUCCAUUAUUUCUGCACGGAAAAAUCAAGAACAAGGUGUCGAUAUUGUUACUGACAUGGGUGCUAUUCGGAGUUCACGUGUUUUUGGAAAUAGAGUACGUUACUCUUUUAUUUCAACAGGAGGAGAUACGAUUGAUAUUAGUAAACUCAUUGAAGAUGUAUGGGGUGAUGAUGAAUUAUUGAACAUAAAUGAUCCCUCAAAUGAUCAAUCGCAAUUAGACCAAGACGAUGAAUCCGCAGAUUCAUUAACAGUUAACGCUAAAAAACAAAGACGGAAAAGUACAACACAAGAGGUUGAUAUUUUAGAGAAAUUAAUGAUCAAUCAAAGUAGUGAAGAAUUAAUGGAUGAUAAAAUUGUACAAGUAUUGAAAAAGGUUAAGGAUGGUCAGUAUGAAAACGGCGAUGUUCCGAGCAUUACUUCUGCACUUCGGAACAGACGAGAAAAUAAUAUUAAUGAUAAAAAUGAACCACCACAAACUUCACAAUUUCAACAUGAUAUCUCCAUUAAUAACGGAGAUAUGACCGGUGAUUUAUUACCUAAUACUAUCAAUAAUAACUUAUUCAAAGGCAUGGAUGAGAACCAAAGUAUUAUCGGAUCAACUGCCUCCAUUUUAGAAAAUGAUUGGGUAUUAUCAGAUGAUUUUGGAUUGCAAGAGCUUUUAGUACUUGUUAGAUCAGGA